UGGCAAGACAAAAGCAGCAAAGCGAAGACAACAAAGCAAAAGCAGCAAAGCAAAAGUAACAAGUAAAAGCAGCAAAGCAAAAGCAGCAAAAGCAAAAGCAGCAAAGCGAAAACAGCAAAAAUAG